UCCACUUCCCAUUCCCACUUCCCAUUCCCACUUCCCGACUUCCUAACUUCCAAAGGAUGUCGACUUCCGGCGUUGAUUUCUCCUUCUGUUUUUUCUUGUUUUCCAAAACUCCGAUUCCGCCUCCACUCCUCGCUCUUCUUCUCGUCGUUGUUUCUUUCUUCUUCUUCUUCUCUCCUGGUGGGUUUGCUUGGGCGUUCUCGCGUGGCAUUCCUGGGCCACCGGGUUUUGUUCGUGCUUUGUCUGGUCCUGUUGCUCACCGGGCUCUUGAUAAACUAUCGAGGUCUUUUCAGGCUGUUGAUUUGAUGGCUUUCUCUGUUGGUUUUACUCGUUUUAUCGUUUCUAGCCAGCCGGAGACGGCGAAGGAAAUCUUAUCGAGUUCUGCUUUUGCUGAUAGGCCGAUUAAAGAGUCGGCUUAUGAACUGCUUUUUCAUCGGGCAAUGGGUUUUGCUCCGUUUGGGGAUUAUUGGAGGAAUCUUAGACGUAUCUCUGCUACUUAUCUUUUUAGUCCUAAGAGGAUCUCGGCUUCCGGGGAGCAUCGGAGGUUGAUUGGGUGUCGGAUGGUGAGUGAAGUCCAGGAGUUGAUGGGGAGUUCUGGAGUGGUGGAGCUCAAGAAAGUUCUGCAUUUUGGGUCUUUGAACAAUGUUAUGAUGAGUGUUUUCGGGAAAAGUUACGAUUUUGGGAAAGGGGAAGGGCUGGAAUUGGAAGGGUUGGUGCGUGAAGGGUAUGAGUUGCUUGGGAUGUUCAACUGGAGUGAUCACUUGCCCUUGUUAGGGUGGUUGGACUUGCAAGGUGUCAGGAGGAGGUGCAAAAAACUUGUGGCCAAGGUGAAUGUGUUUGUUGGGAAGAUCAUUGGGGAGCAUAGGAAUAGAAGAGUUGGUGGUAUUGCAUGUGGUGUUGGUGACUUUGUUGAUGUUUUGCUCGAUCUGGAGAAGGAUGAGAAGCUCUCUGAUGCUGACAUGAUUGCAGUUCUUUGGGAGAUGAUCUUUAGGGGCACUGACACUGUGGCUAUCCUUCUGGAAUGGAUCAUGACCAGGAUGGUCUUGCACCCUGACAUUCAAUCCAAAGCACAGACUGAAAUUGACUCCGUUGUUGGGAACUCAAGACUUGUCACUGACUCUGACAUUGCCAAACUCCCAUACCUUCAGUCCAUCGUUAAGGAAACUCUCAGAAUGCAUCCACCAGGUCCACUUCUCUCCUGGGCACGCCGUGCUAUACAUGAUGUUCAAGUUGGUGAUCAUGUCAUCCCUGCUGGGACAACAGCAAUGGUGAAUAUGUGGGCGAUAACACAUGAUGAGUGCAUCUGGUCUGAGCCCAAUGAAUUCAAGCCUGAGAGAUUCAUGUUGGAGGACAUUAGCAUCUUGGGUUCUGACCUCAGGCUGGCUCCAUUUGGUUCUGGGAGGAGGGUUUGUCCCGGCAAGGCCAUGGCUUUGGCUACUGUUCAUCUGUGGCUAGCUCAGCUUCUUCAGAGCUUUAAGUGGGUGCCCUCAGAGAAGGUUCCUGAUUUGUCUGAGUGCUUGAAGAUGUCCCUUGAGAUGGAAAAUCCCUUGCUUUGCAGGGUUAUUCCAAGGUACUGAAGUGCGUUUGGCUGUUAUGUGUUUUCAUUAUCACCACAUGAGUUGAUGAUGUCGCUUGGUCUGUGGUACUUGGUUAUAUGUUUUUAUCCUAUCUAGUCUUUUAUUGUGUGGUAAUGUUUAA